UGUUGGGUUCAUUGUUUUCCCUAGGUCACAUGACUGAAUCGUGUCUUGUCGUCAUCACCCUACGCGGAAGUCACUAACACUUGUGAUGGUGGCGGCCGCGUCAGACUAGCAGCAGGAAGAGGAGGAUGUUUUCUUCCAGUGAAAGAGUAAUAGGAGCUGAUUCCAAACCGUUGUAACAGAGUAGGUGAUCAGCCGUAGAGUUUUUUUUCUUUUUUUAUUUUGCUGAAUCUGUUGGGAUUGAGACAGUUCACUCCCUUACCUGGAGCCAACCUCUGUCAGUCUGAAGCAGGGCGCUGCUGGAUAAGAUGUCCCUCUUCCAGUCGGCACUGGAUUUCCUAGCCGGGCCCGGCUUGUCCGGGGCGGCCAGCCAGGACCAGAAUGACUUCGUUGGACAAGUCGUUGAGCUCGGUGACAUGAAACUGAGGAUCAAGAGGGUAAUCGCGGAAGGUGGAUUUGCCUUUGUGUAUGAAGCCCAGGACAUGAGCAGUGGUAAAGACUAUGCCCUCAAGAGGCUGUUGUCCAAUGAAGAAGAGAAGAACAAGGAAAUUAUUCAGGAAGUCUGCUUCAUGAAAAAACUGUCAGGUCAUCCCAACAUGGUCCAGUUCUGUGCUGCUGCUUCCAUCAGCAAAGAGGAGUCGGACACCGGGCAGGCCGAGUUCCUGAUCCUCACUGAGCUGUGUAAAGGUCAGCUGGUGGACUUUAUAAAGCGGGUAGAGCAGAAGGCUCCCCUGUCAUGUGACACUGUGCUGAAAGUCUUUUACCAGACGUGCCGCGCCGUGCAACACAUGCACAAACAGAAACCUCCAAUCAUACACAGAGACCUCAAGAUUGAAAACCUCUUGAUUAGUAACCAGGGCACCAUCAAGCUGUGUGACUUUGGCAGUGCCACCACAGUGUCACAUUACCCUGACUACAGCUGGUCGGCACAGAAGAGGUCCAUGGUUGAGGAUGAGAUCACAAGGAACACCACUCCAGCAUACCGAACACCAGAGAUGAUCGAUCUCUACUCCAACUUCCCGAUCAAUGAGAAACAGGACAUCUGGGCCCUUGGAUGCAUCCUCUACCUGUUGUGUUUUAAACAACACCCAUUUGAGGAGGGGGCCAAACUACAAAUUGUCAAUGGGAAAUACUCCAUCCCUCCAAAUGAUGUCAAGUACACUGUGUAUCACAACCUCAUACGUUCCAUGUUGAAGGUAAACCCAGAGGAGCGUCUGUCGAUUACUGAGCUGGCCAACCAGCUCCAGGAGAUAGCAGCGGCACGCAACGUCAACCCCAAAUCUCCUAUUACAGAGCUGCUGGAGCAGAACGGAGGUUUUGGCAACAGCGGAGCCCAGCCACCCAUGCAGAUCCACAACAGCCACAACAAUGCAGGCAUCUAUGAUCCUGAUCAGUCAGGCAGUGGCCUUUUGGAUAUCUUAAGGGGAGGAACAGAGCGCUUCCUGACCAACAUAAAGGACACCUCCUCUAAGGUCAUCCAGUCAGUAGCUAGCAACCCAAGCUAUGCCAAAGGGGACCUAGACAUUUCAUACAUUACCUCGAGAAUAGCAGUCAUGUCUUUUCCAGCAGAGGGGGUGGAGUCGGCGAUAAAGAACAACAUUGAGGAAGUUCGCCUGUUCCUGGAUUCACGUCAUCCUGGCCACUAUGCUGUCUACAACCUCUCCAAGCGAUCGUACAGACCUUCUCGAUUCCACAACAGGGUUUCAGAGUGUAACUGGCAAGUGCGUCGUGCCCCUAACCUCCGCAGUCUCUACAAUGUUUGUAAGAACAUGCAUCUAUGGCUCAAACAAGAUCAGAGAAACAUCUGUAUAGUACACUGUCUGGAUGGCAGGGCAGCAUCAGCGGUGGCAGUGUGCUCCUUCCUGUGUUUCUGUCGCCUUUUCACCACAGCUGAGGCUGCUGUCUACAUGUUCUCAAUGAAACGCUGCCCACCUGGCAUAGCACCCUCACACAAGAGGUAUAUAGAGUAUAUGUGUGACAUGAUGGCAGAGGAACCCAUCAUUCCCCACAGCAAGCCUAUAAUUAUUCAUUCCAUCACCAUGACACCCGUGCCACUGUUCAACAAGCAGCGUAAUGGAUGCAGGCCAUUCUGUGAAGUUUAUGUUGGAGACGAGAGGGUCCUCACAACAUCACAGGAGUACGACAAGAUGAGGGAUUUUAAGAUUGAGGACGGGAGAGCGGAGAUUCCCCUCAAUGUUAUAGUCCAGGGAGAUGUACUGGUGGUGAUCUAUCAUGCAAGAUCUACACUGGGAGGACGGCUACAGGCCAAGAUGGCAUCCAUGAAAAUGUUUCAGAUCCAGUUCCACACAGGCUUUGUGCCCAGAAAUGCGACCACUGUCAAGUUUGCCAAGUAUGACUUGGAUGCCUGCGACAUCCAGGAGAAGUACCCAGACCUGUUCCAGGUCCAUUUGGACAUCGAGGUGGAACCCAGGGACAGGCCCAGCACCAAGACCCCUCCUUGGGAGGGCUUCCAAACCAAGGGCCUGAACCCCAAAAUCCUUUUUUCUUCUCGUGAUGAACAGCAGGAGAUCCUCAGCAAAUUUGGUAAGCCCGAGCUGCCUCGCCAGCCAGGCUCCUCAGCGUUUUAUGACUCAGAGUCGCCCCAGCCAGCUCAGAUUCCAGAAGGCACCAAUGCAACAGAACAACAGUCUCUCGAGAGCAGCAAUACCAACAACUUCUUUCAGACACUAGAUUGGGAAGAUGUGAGUGGCCCUCAGGAUGCCUCAGACAGUCAAGGAGGGGCAUCCAUAAAUGACCAGGAGGAGCUGAGUGAUCAGUCAGAAGGAGAGUCCUGCUCGUAUUCUGGCCCCGGUGUGGAGCCACUGUCACGUGACCCCAGUGAACCGCUGUUUGAUGCUGAUUUCCAGACGUCCCCUCCUGCAGCCCAGGAAUCUCCUGUUGGUGACACCGCUGACCUGUUGGGUUUGAACUCGGCCUCCUCCUCUACUCCUCAUCAAGAAGUCCAGGACGGACUGAAAGCUGCAUCCAGCAACUGCGAUCUCCUUAAUGACCUGUUUGCACCACCUGCCGGUCAGACAGGGGCAGUACAGGAAGACUUGUUCUUUAGUGAGCCAACAAGUGGGGCCUCAGCAGACCCAAAACCCAUGGGUGACCUGUUUGAUCCAUUUGGGAUGAGGUCUGGCUCCGGUGUCGGCUCCAGUUUGGGUUCAUCUAGGCAGGCCUCUGGACCAGACCUGUUUGGAGACUUGUUGGGUUCUGAUAGUUCAGCCACCAGCGGCUUCAGUUCAGCGCACAAUAACCCCACUCCUGCUUCCAACACCAGCCUCUUUAACCUCAACAAGCUAGCAAAUGAUGUCCCUAAGAUGACAUCAUCAGCCAGCCAACCUGACCUGCUUGGCGGAUGGGACAGCUGGGCAGCUGGCACCACCACUGCCAUGAGCACCACCACCAGCAGACCCAGCUAUACUAACACAGCAUCUGGCAUGUCUUCUAUGUCAAAGGCCAAGUCUCAGAGCUUUGAUCCUUUUGCUGACCUAGGAAACCUGGGCUCAGAUUUACCAGGUUCCUCCACCAGUAAUUUGUCUGGGCCAAAGGCUCCCUCCUCCUCCAAUGUUAAGCCUCAAGCCCAGCCCUGGCAGUCUGGAAGACCCAAUUCGGCUCAGAAAAAACCUUGGACACAUGGAUCAGGACCUGGCCCCACACCCAAAGCGUCCUCAGCAUCUCAGCCUGCAGGCAUACAGCCCACCAAGCCCAACUACAACCUUAACUUCUCUAGUGUCAUUGGUGGGAGAGAGGAGAGAGGAGUUCGUGGGCCUGGAUUUGGCCCCAGGCCAAAGGUGAAGGAGGAUGAUUUUGAAGACCUGCUGUCAACUCAAGGUUUUGCCUCUAAGACUGAUAAGAAGGAACCAAGGACCAUUGCUGAAAUGCGAAGACAGGAGAUCACAAAAGAUAUGGAUCCACUUAAAUUACAGAUCUUGGACUGGAUUGAGGGGAAGGAGCGAAACAUUCGAGCACUGCUGUCGACUCUGCACACGGUGCUGUGGGAGGGUGAAACCCGCUGGAAGCCUGUGGGAAUGGCUGACUUGGUGACACCCGACCAGGUGAAGAAGUAUUACAGGAAGGCUGUGCUGGUUGUCCAUCCAGAUAAGGCAACAGACCAGCCUUAUGAACAGUACGCUAAGAUGAUCUUCAUGGAACUGAGCGACGCCUGGUCAGAGUUUGAGAACCAGGGAUCCAAAGCACUGUUCUAAAGCACUGGUUUGGGUCCCAGCUAGACCAGACCAGACUGGACUGGGUUGGCCUAACCAAAGGGUUAGACUGGGCCAGAUUGGACAGGACUGAGCCCACAUUGGGCCUUGGGGACACAGAGCCUCUGAGAGGUGUCCUCUCUACCGUUCCCUUCACUCCCUUCUUCCUUCUUUACUUUCUUCUGCUUCUACAGUCAUUGAAAAAGACCUUUUGCCUCAAGUCUGGCUUUACUGAAAAUGUCCUCACUGGUUCAUAAGUAGACAGUUAAAUAAACAUCGUGAUCAUUCUUAAACUCACUGCCUACCUGUAAAACUGCCUGAGUGGUGCUGCAAACAUCAGGAUUGAGAAAAGGGUGACAAUCACAUGAAGAAAACAAAAUGGAAAAGAAAUCAGAUAAUAUGAGGACUUGAAAACCACCGGGAUGAUUAUCAUGACAGUGAUAUUCAGACUGAAAGAUUAAGUGGCCCAACACUAAUAAAAUGCUGGGAAAUGUCUCUGCGGCUGGUAAGUUUGUCGUUUGUGUAUGCCAUUUUUGCAAACAACCAGUCAUUUAGCUGAGCGAAACAUUUCUGUAAAUGUUUCAGCAUGCCAGAACAACAUGGAAGUUUGCAAAAUAUCAAUUGAAGGUUAUAUUUUUAAGCUUAGCUGUCUCAAAACAAAUUGUGGAUGAAGCUUGGAAUGUACCUUCCACAGCAGCCAGUGGACAAAAACCUCCUAUCUUGCCUCUAAUGCAAAAGCAGGAUUUUGAAACAUGGCAGAUCUGCUGAUACUACCCUAUUAAUACACUGAAGCAUUCUGCUGCACCUUUUGGGGUUAACACUUGGCUGGGUUUGUUCUUGA